CACACAAUACGAUUGCUUGAGACGAGUGCCGACCGCUGCUCGGCAAUUUUCCGCUUCUAUAAAAAACCAAACCGCCGUGGAAAUUUACCUCACAGUAUCGCAAUCGUCCGUCCGGUACAACAGUCACGUGUAUUACCGCGUUAUUAUAAUAAUAUUGCUGUGUUACGUAUUUGUAGUAUAAUAAUGAUAAACGCGUAGUCGUGUACCGUCCGAGCUUCUCGACGUUUUCCGUUUUUCCGUUCGUCGCGACAGUCGUCCUCGUUCGUCGGCCGCGCGAACCACGUAAAAAUACACGUUACACUGAAGUACCCCGGCACAAUAGAACCAGAUAUUUCAAACGAGUACGAAAAGUAGUUUUUAUAGUUAAUAAGACACAAUAUUCGUAUAUUGUUUAAAAAAAAGAAGAAAUAAUCAAGAAGGAAUGAACGCAAAUAUGUUGCUGCGCACUUUGGUCGCCGCUCAAGUAUUGUGCGUCGUCGCGUUCGCUGAAAUCCUUAAACCGUCCUGGCAUCAGUACUAUCCAGGAACUUACGCUUACGGCAUAAGAUAUUUUGAAAAGCUGGCUUCGAUGCGAGAGAACUUUCAGAAAGGCAUACCGUACAACAAAUGGGGAUUUUACAACCGAAUGGAUACCACUUCGACGACGACGAAUAAAAAGACACGGAGAUUGCGUAUGGGGAGCGGAUGGUGGAAGCUGGUGCCGCCAACGGGCGCCGAGAUCAAUUGCGAAUUUCCGAUUACAGUGCCGGUGAUAUCCAACAUCGUGUGGGAGCGAGUGGACCUGGGAAAAGUGGAAAAAGAGAUGGCCAUGAGACGUAUGGGCGAGGUCCAGACGUACGACAUGCACCUGAGACCCAGAGGCAGCACGUUGCAUUUCCAUGACGUGACACCGUUGGACAAAGGCCUGUACAGGUGCUUGGCUUCGUCGGUGGACAGGUUGACGGGCGAGUCGCAGACCAUAUUCCAAGACACGGAGUUCUACCCGGACGUGGUGUAACUGUCGGCGUCGGGCGGAGGGCUGCGAGCGCAGCUGAAUAUAGCCGAGCGCAUGUGUUAGCCGGGAACGAACGCCGACGAAAACCAUCGUAUUGUAUACAUUGUAUAAUUUUAUUUUAAAUUAAUAUUUUUGUAUUAUUAUUAUUAUUAUUUUUAUGAUUAUAAUUAUUAUUGUCAUUAUCGUUCAUGUGUUUCCGCUCGACGUGAUUAAACCCAUUGUCUUCUGCGCCGAACACAAUCGCAUAUGGUCGCGAAAUAAAAAAAAAAUCUCAAGGCUAUCCGUCACACAAACGUUUUUAGAUAUUAUCACUCGAAUCGUUUAACGUUCUUUCUUUUAGCAUUUUUUUUUUUAACUCAACGCAUCGAUAUUGGAUUUUUUCUUUUUUUUUUUUAAUUGAAUUCAUGCCAAUUAUGUUGUCGUGCAUUUGUUUUGUUUUAAAAUGAGUUCACGUUCAAUUAAUUUUAAUAAUGUCCGAGCAAAAUACUUAAUAAUUUAUUGUUUGCAGGCUGAUAACUUGCCGAUAACCGAUAGUAGGCAUUAUUUUUUUGUUUUUAAAUUUUAUUCAGGCGAGUGAUUUCGAUUUAGUUUUAAUCCGUUUUAAAAGGAUCGAUAAUGGUUAUCACUAUGUUCACGUAUUUAUCUUAUUUAUAUUUAAUUUCAAACGUUUGUCCAAUACAAUAGGGAAGAUCAAAAUGUGCGAAGACUUAAGUAUUUACAAAAAAUAAAAGGCCUUCAAAUAAGA